AUGCCCCGUUCAUUCCUGGUGAGGAGGAAGCAGUCAGUGUACACUGCCUGGAUUUGGAGAGACCCCCAGAACCUACCUACCUGGACCAGCCCAUCUACUAUAGUGGUUUCCUUCCCUGCAGCAGCAGCAGAAUCAGAAGUAAAGGCAUUUGACAGCACAGACCUGCAGUUAUUACAGACACCGAGCAACAAUCCCUCUGGGCCGGUACUCACAUCCAGCAGCACCGACCUGGAGUCAGCACACAUUCCCGACAACAGAGACCCAGAACCGCGGAGCCCUCAGCGCUGCUGCCCGGAGCAGCCCAGCCAGAGCCCCUUUCAGCCACUGCCACUCCCCCUGUCCACAGCCUCCAGAAUCAAGACUUCACCACCAAGUUCCAAUGACUUCCUGUGCCCCGUGUGCCACAAGAUUUUUCCACUGCAGCGAAUGCUAACACGUCACCUAAAGUGCCACAGCCUUAUCAAGAGGCACCCAUGCAGGUACUGCGGCAAAGGCUUCAACGAUACCUUCGACCUGAAGAGGCACAUGCGUACACAUACAGGUAUUCGACCAUACAGGUGUGACCUGUGCGAGAAGGCCUUCACACAGCGCUGCUCACUGGAGUCACACCUGCGGAAGAUCCACGGUGUGCGGCAGCAGUACGCCUACCGGCAGCGCCGCUCAAAGAUCUUCGUGUGUGAGGACUGUGGCUUCACCUCCUGCCGGCCAGAUGAGUACUUUCUGCAUGUGCGCCAGAGACACCCAGAUAGCCCCGCCCUGCGCAGGUACUACCGCAAACACCUGCAGGACACGCCCACCCAGCCCCAGAUCUCGCCCUUCAUGCUCUACCCCACCGCCGCCUUCUACAUGUGAAGCUCAGCACCACUGCCCCUACUCAAGGAACGAGUGGAGGCAGGUUCAAGGCCAUGCUGUUUUGCAUACAAACACAUAGAUGCUGAAACAUGAGCCAAAUAACAGUGUAUCAAAUACUUUUAUUUAAAAAAAUGGCCCUUUUAUUGUUUCAUAACUUUAUUCAAGUUUAGAUAUUUUAUUUCUUUAUGAACAGCGCAUUACACACACAGACACACAUACAAACUCUCUUUAAAGAGAUUUCAAAUAUUUAUUUUUAAAACAUUUAAUCUUUCUCUCAAUAGUAAAGUGCGUGUCAUCAGCUGUGAAUUACAGUAAAUAGGAUGUUGACCAGGGGUAAAUAUUUAUAUAUUUGUUAAUAAUGUUUGUAUUUUAAUAAAAGCCCUUCUCACCUUGUUUUGUUUAAAACUCAGCAAGCCUGUAAAAUUCACAGUUACUAAAGUACAAUUCUUCUGUAACACAUCAAUAAAAAUA